AUGAGAUGGCAAUCUAGUUCAUUUUGGGAUUCCCCUCGCGCGGAGCACACUCAGGAAGAGAGAGAGAAACACACACACACACACAAGGCAGCUAUGCAGAUUAAGGUGGCCAUGGACAAGCAGACCUCGCGGCGCCUCGUCAAGGUGACCAACUACGCGCUCGUGCAGGUGCUCAAGGCCACGGUGGCGCGCCUGCGCCAGGUGGAGAUGGAGCUGGGCGACCUGGAGCUGGCGCUCGAGGACGAGCAGGAGGAGGUCGAGUCCUACAGCGACGACAUCGACGACUGCCACGACCGCAUCGAGGACAUCGACGAGUUCGUGCGCGAGCUCGAGGCCGGCAACGUGCGCACCGUGAGCGACGUGGCCGCCGCGCUCGCCGAGAUGGCCGAGGAGCGCCAGGAGGAGAAGAAGCUGCUCAAGGUGCUGGGCGACGCGCGCGCGAGCCACGAGCAGCAGUUCGAGCAGCUCCAGAGCCAGUCCGCCGCGCUCAAGCAGGAGCGCCUCCUGCUCAACAAGACCCGCUUCGAGAUCUGCUGCCUCUUCCGUCGCAACGGCGUCUUCGAGCUCGUGCGGCGGAGGCUGGCGGUCUUCAACCCCAAGCUGCUGUGAGGCGAUGGCGGCGGCGCUCAAUAUUUAUUAGCACUAUAGUACUAUGGAAAUACAAACUCGAUACCAUAUCUGCCAC